AGAGUGUCAGGCUUGAUGAAGGAAGUGUGUCUACAUGGAAUUGUAGCAUUGGAGGGUUCUCUGAGGUCAUCUAGUCCAGCCCCUUGCUUGGUGCAGGAAAUCCAGAGCAUAGCGACUGAAUGGCUGGCCACCCAACAUCCUCUUGAAGACCUUGAAGAGAGAACUCGUUUGUCCCCCAGCCACGAGAAAGGUCAAGAAGGUGAAGAGGGAGUCGAGCUGCAGGAAGGGGACGGCACGAACGCGGAUGAGCAGACUGCAGUGGCCAUCGCCAGCGUCCAGCAAGCCGCUUUUACAGACCACAAUAUCCAGUACCAAUUCCGCACAGAGAACAAUGGAGGACAGGUGACAUACAGAGUAGUUCAGGUGACGGACAGUCAGCUGGAUGGUCAAACAGACGCAACGGGGGCCGUCAGCGUGGUCUCGACGGCGGCUUUCGCUAGCGGCCAGCAGGCUGUUGCUCAGGCCGUGAUCCAGAACCCCUUCAGCAAUGGCGGGAGUCCAGCCACAGACGCCGUCAGUGGGGAGGCGCGGUUUGCCUACUUCCCCGCCUCCACGGUGGGGGACGCCACAGCGGUGUCGGUGCAGACGACGGAUCAGUCGCUAUCACAGGCUGGAGGCCAGUUCUACGUGAUGAUGACCCCGCAAGACGUGUUGCAGACAGGAACGCAACGUACCAUCGCCCCUCGUACUCAUCCCUAUUCUCCGAAAAUGGACGGGACGCGGACGCCGCGGGACGAGAGGCGAAGAGCCCAGCACAAUGAAGUUGAACGGAGGCGGCGGGACAAGAUCAACAAUUGGAUUGUCCAGCUCUCGAAAAUCAUUCCAGACUGCAACACAGACAACAGCAAGACGGGGGCGGCAGAAGAGGAAGUAAUGAGGGACAAACGCGGGGGCGGAGAAGCGGCGAGCAAAGGAGGCAUCCUGUCCAAAGCCUGUGAUUACAUCCGCGAACUGCGCCAAACGAACCAGCGAAUGCAGGAGACCUUCAAAGAAGCUGAAAGGCUGCAGAUGGACAACGACUUGUUACGACAGCAGAUCGAGGACAUGAAGAAUGAAAACGCCCUCCUGAGAGCACAGCUGCAGCAACAUGGGAUUGAGAUUGUGGGAGACGCCCCGGGACAGUAACAACAACACACACACCCGCGAGCUUCUUCAGGAUCUCAACCUCCAGUUCUACUGGUCCUUCUUUUGUAUAGAGAAACCCUCCUCUGAAUGAACCUUGCUUCACUCCCCCUCGCAUGGGGACCGGUCGCGGGGAGGGGGAAAAUGUUUGGGGGUGUCAGCGUCUGAUCACAUGGCCGGUUUAGUCACAGCAGCUCUUGCUACUGCUCCGAAAUAGGCCCUCUUGCCUUCGCCCCUCACCCCGACGUCUCUUCCUCUAAUCCCCCUCCACACUUUCCUUCCUCUACUUAGGAUAUAUUAAGAUUAAACAGACCUGCAUUUUUUUAUAGUAGAUUUUUAACAGAGGUUAGCCAUCUACCACCAUCCCUCCCCGGUUUCCUCCUCUGCUGGAUCUCUGGGGUGGGAAAACGCUCCCUUCUCCUCCUGAGCUUGGCUGUUUAAAAGCUGUUGGAUACCAUGUUCUCUUUCUUCUGGCACUUGUCCAUUUCUGAGUCUGCUACCAGUUGGCGAAUGGACUGAUUCUUUGGGUUAUGGCCUUGAAAAUAGGGGUGGGGUGGGGUGGGGGCUUGGUUCCUCAGGUAUGGCUGCUGAACCGAGAAAGCAGAAGUGUGGCACCUCUGAAUAUAUUCUCAGAAUAUCUUGGACACAAUCCACAGGGUUAAGUUCCCCUGGUUUUAUGACAACCUGAAACUAACGUUCCCUGUGCAAUUGUGCAUGUGCGCUUACUAACACAUUCUGUGCGCUCCUGCGCAAGAUGUGUUCAUUUCACCAUGUGCUAAAUUCAGCAACAGUUAGUGGGAACUUCCUUGUAAUCAAAUCAAUGGGAUUUAUGCUGGAUUGUGCCUUGUGAACAAGAGAGGUUGCCACUGAAUUUUGCCUGUCCUCUAACUCAAAACCCCUCUGUCGUUACACAAAAAUGUGUAUUCUUUUCCCUUUUUUUUAAGGCCCAGUGGAAUACAAUCCUAAAGCUAA